AUGUUGUCUGCUUCAAGAACAGCUAUUAGAUCAAACCCACGUUCGGUCACCAUUCGUGGUUUAGCUUCUGCUAUCAACAGAGACUCCAAAGUCCACCAAAACUUGUUGGAAGACCACUCUUUUAUCAAUUACAAACAAAACUUGGAAAAUGUUGAAAUUGUCAAGGCCAGAUUAAACAGACCAUUGACUUAUGCUGAAAAGGUUUUGUACGGUCACUUGGAUGACCCUCAUGGACAAGAUAUCGAAAGAGGUAAAUCGUAUUUGAAAUUGAGACCAGACAGAGUUGCUUGUCAAGAUGCUACCGCUCAAAUGGCUAUUUUGCAAUUUAUGUCUGCUAACUUGCCACAAGUUGCUACUCCAUCAACCGUCCACUGUGAUCACUUGAUUCAAGCUCAAGUUGGUGGUACCAAGGAUUUGGCCAGAGCCAUUGACUUGAACAAGGAAGUUUACGAUUUCUUGGCUUCUGCUUGUGCUAAAUACAACUUGGGUUUCUGGAAACCAGGUUCAGGUAUUAUCCAUCAAAUUGUUUUGGAAAACUAUGCUUUCCCAGGUGCUUUGUUGAUUGGUACCGAUUCACACACUCCAAACGCUGGUGGUUUGGGUCAAUUGGCUAUUGGUGUUGGUGGUGCUGAUGCCGUCGAUGUCAUGUCUGGUCUUGCUUGGGAAUUGAAGGCACCAAAGAUUAUUGGUGUUAAAUUGACCGGUAAGAUGAGUGGUUGGACCUCACCAAAGGAUAUCAUUUUGAAAUUGGCUGGUAUUACUACUGUCAAGGGUGGUACUGGUGCUAUUGUCGAAUAUUUCGGUUCAGGUGUUGAAACCUUCUCAUGUACCGGUAUGGGUACCAUCUGUAAUAUGGGUGCUGAAAUUGGUGCUACUACCUCCGUUUUCCCAUACAACAAAUCUAUGGAUGACUACUUGGAAGCCACUGGUAGAUCUGACAUUGCUCAAUUUGCUCAUCAAUACAAGAAUGAUUUCCUUAAAGCUGAUGAAGGUUGUGAAUACGACCAAGUUAUUGAAAUCGACUUGAACACUUUGGAACCACACGUCAACGGCCCAUUCACUCCAGAUUUGGCCACCCCAAUCUCCAAGAUGAGAGAAACCGCUAUUGCCAACGACUGGCCAUUGGAUGUCAAGGUUGGUUUGAUUGGUUCAUGUACCAACUCUUCAUACGAAGAUAUGAGUAGAGCUGCUUCCAUCAUCAAGGAUGCUGAAGCUCACGGUUUGAAGGCCAAGACUUUGUACACUGUUUCCCCAGGUUCAGAGCAAGUUAGAGCUACCAUUGCCAGAGAUGGUCAAUUGAAGACUUUCGAAGACUUCGGAGGUGUUGUCUUGGCUAACGCUUGUGGUCCAUGUAUUGGUCAAUGGGAUAGACAAGAUGUCAAGAAGGGUGAAAAGAACACCAUUGUGUCAUCAUUCAACAGAAACUUCACUUCAAGAAACGAUGGUAACCCAGCCACUCACGCUUUCGUUGCUUCUCCAGAAAUGGCUACUGCUUACGCCAUCACUGGUGACUUAGGUUUCAACCCAAUCACUGAUUACUUGGUUGAUUCUGAAGGUAAAGAAUUCAAAUUGAAAGAACCAUCUGGUCUUGGUUUGCCACCAAAGGGUUACGACAAGGGUGAAAACACCUACCAAGCUCCACCACAAGACAGAGCUUCAAUUGAAGUUGUCAUUUCUCCAACCUCUGACAGAUUGCAAAAAUUGACACCAUUCAAGCCAUGGGACGGUAAGGAUGCUGAAAGAUUGCCAAUUUUGAUCAAGGCUGUUGGUAAGACCACCACUGAUCAUAUUUCAAUGGCUGGUCCAUGGUUGAAAUACCGUGGUCACUUGGAAAACAUUUCCAACAACUAUAUGAUUGGUGCCACCAACGCUGAAAACGGUAAAGCCAAUGAAAUCAAGAACCACUACACUGGUAAAUGGGACGGUGUUCCACAAACCGCUGCUGCAUUGAGAGACUCUGGCCACAAAUGGGUUGUUAUUGGUGAUGAAAACUUUGGUGAAGGUUCAUCUAGAGAACAUGCUGCUUUGGAACCAAGAUUCCUUGGUGGUUUCGCCAUUAUUACCAAGUCAUUUGCUCGUAUUCACGAAACUAACUUGAAGAAACAAGGUUUGUUGCCAUUGAACUUUACCAAUGUUGCUGAUUACGACAAGAUUAACCCAGAUGACGAAAUUGAUUUACUCGGAUUGACCGAAUUGGCUCCAGGUAAGAAUGUUGUUAUGAGAGUUCAUCCAAAGGAUGGUGAAGCUUGGGAAACCGAAUUGUCACACACCUACAACACAGAACAAAUUGAAUGGUUCAAAUACGGUUCAGCUUUGAACAAGAUGGCUGCCGUUGCUGCUGAAAAAGCUGGUAAGAAAUAA